GGCUAACUUGACAUGUUCAGGCGUGCCUCUCUUCACGCUCCUUUGGCAUGGUAGAGAUUCGCCAGAGAAGAUCAUUACUGCGUGCGAGAAAGGUCAGCCUUUAUCGGACGCAAGCACGAUGUCUGCCAUCUUUGACGCAAGCAGUCCGUAUGGCGGCGGCGGCUCUUCGUAUGAUCCGUAUGGCCCAUCGUCGCGCUCAGCUGCAACCGCCUCGUCAGCUCGAGGAGUUGGAGGUGGAGCGGGAGGACUCUCGAACCUGCAGUUCUACUCGCAGCACUCCACUGCUUCAGCAGCUGGCGCAGGCGGGGCCGGGGGCCACUACACCGGCAGCGACGGGUACAACACCGGCUCCAAUGGGCGCCCUAGCCUGGAGGGCAACAUGACCGGCGCGGGUGGCUAUGAAGGUGCGGUAGGGAGCCACAUGAUGGCGGGGCAAAUGAGCUUCUGGAGCGCUUUCGGUACGGGUGGCUUCCCUGAUGAGCCGGGGCUGAUGGAGGAGCUCGGCAUCAAUCUUACGCACGUGCGGAGCAAGGCAUUGACCGUGCUCAACCCGUUCCACAACUACUCGGCGACACAUCAGCGAGAUGUGCACAUGAUGGACGAUGCGGAUCUCGCAGGCCCGCUCAUGUUCUGCUUUGCCUUUGGCAUGCUCCUCCUGCUGGCCGGCAAAUCUCAAUUCGGCUACAUCUACGGCGUCGGACUGAUGGGCGAUAUUGCGAUCUACCUGCUGCUGAACAUGAUGUCCGAGGGCGGGAUAGACGCCUACCGCGUCUCCUCUGUGCUAGGCUAUUGCCUCCUCCCGCUCUGCAUCCUGAGCGCGGUCUCCAUCGUGAUCCGACUCGACGGCAUCUUUGGCUACGUCCUGGCGCCUCUCUUCAUCCUCUGGUGCUCGUCGUCCGCGUCGGGCAUUUUUGUCUCGAUCCUGCGCAUGAGCGACCAGCGGUUCCUCGUCGCGUAUCCCGUGGGCCUCUUCUACGCGUGCUUUGCCCUGCUGAGCGUCUUUGACAUGGAUCUGAGCAGCAGCAGCGGGCGACGCGGGUCAUGAUACACAUGCAGCAGGGAGAAAGGUACACAGCGAGCAACAGCCGGGAGGCUCCAGCGCUUGCCGGUCUGGAAGUUCCUGCACAGGACCCACGGCGGGCUGCACGCCAAAGACCAGAAACGAUGUAGAUACAUGGUGCGUUCCAGAGUGCGG